AUGCAUUCUGUUCGAUCCGCUGCUGCACGUCUUCGUAUGGGUUCACGCAUGGCUGUCACUGCUGCCACAGUCGCGAACAAUGUCAAACCCGCUGCUCCUCUUCGAACCGUGGUGGGUCAACCCCUUUUCAACACUGCACGCCUUUACGCCACCAAGUCCGUUCCAUACACCGUAGACAAGUUCCCUGGCUACAAUCGCAACGAGAACUUUAAAAAGUUGACCGAAGAGGAUGUCCACUAUUUCAAGUCCAUUGUUGGCGAUAACGGCUUAAUCUACAAUAACGAUGAUGACUUGUUUGCCUUCAAUACCGAUUGGAUGAACAAGUUCCGUGGCAAAUCACAGCUUGUCUUGAAGCCAAAGAACACACAGCAAGUCUCUGAUAUCCUAAAGUACUGCAAUGAGCAAAAACUUGCUGUAGUACCACAAGGUGGCAACACUGGCCUGGUCGGUGGCUCGGUCCCUGUAUUCGAUGAGAUUGUGUUGAGUCUUCAGGGCAUGAAUCGCAUUCGUGGUUUCGAUAGCGUGUCGGGUAUUCUCACUUGUGAUGCUGGUUGUGUCCUUGAAGUCUUGGAUAAUUGGUUGGCCGAAAAGGGUUACAUGAUGCCUUUGGAUUUAGGUGCAAAGGGAAGUUGUCAUAUCGGUGGAAAUAUCGCUACCAACGCUGGUGGUCUCCGUUUGCUUCGUUAUGGUUCGUUGCAUGGCACUGUGCUUGGUUUGGAGGUGGUCCUUCCUGAUGGCACUAUCUUGGACAACAUGUCAACCUUGCGCAAGGACAACACUGGCUAUGAUUUGAAGCAGCUGUUUAUUGGCUCUGAAGGUACCAUUGGUGUCGUUACCGGUGUUUCUAUUCUUACUCCCCACCGUUCCAAGGCUGUCAACGUGGCAUUACUUGGAUUGGAGUCCUUUGAGGAUGUGCAAAAAGCAUUCAAGCAAUCCCGUACCGAGUUGUCGGAAAUUCUUUCAGCUUUUGAGUUUUGGGAUAACAAUGCAUUGCAAAUGUUUAAGAAGCACGCUACUCCAAAGGCAGUCAUGGAAAACGAGUUCCCCUUCUAUGUAUUGAUUGAGACCAGCGGAUCUAACAAGGACCACGACGACGAGAAAUUGACUACAUACCUCGAGAACAUGAUGACUGAUGGCGUUGCUCAAGAUGGUGUGGUUGCCCAAGAUGAGACACAAAUUCGUAGCUUGUGGAGCUUGCGUGAAGGUUUCACUGAAGCAUUGGGCAAGGAACCUGCAGUGUACAAGUAUGAUAUUUCGAUGCCUGUUCCAAAGAUCUAUGAAUGUGUGGAGGAUAUGCGUCAGCAUUUGCGAGAUGGUGGUGUGUUUGGUCAAGAAGACUCGCCUGUGACGGAUGUGGUCGCCUAUGGUCACGUGGGUGAUGGCAACUUGCAUUUGAACAUCGCUGCCAAGCGUCUCGAUCCAAAGACGGCAAGCUUAAUUGAGCCAUAUCUCUUUGAGUGGGUUUCCAAGCACCAAGGCUCCAUUAGUGCUGAACAUGGUUUGGGCGUUGCCAAGAACGAGUUUUUGGGCUAUUCCAAAUCACCCGUCAUGAUUAAGCUUAUGAAGACCAUGAAGAACAUGCUUGAUCCUAAUGGUAUUCUCAAUCCUUACAAGUACUUGCCUUCUUCAUAG